AUGGACGUUGCUGUGUUCGAAUACAACGUCAAUUUAAAGGCAGAUGAAAUAGUUGCGUCCCUUGUCCAAAAUGGAGGAUGUAUUAUUCGCAACAUGAUUUCCGACCGGCGCAUUCUUGAUACCAUAGAGAGGGACGUUCGCCCUUAUAUUGAAGCAGAUCGACCGUGGGUCGGAGUCGACUUCUUUCCACCUGAAACGCGCCGCGUCAUGGGCCUGGUUGGUAAAUCACAAGCCUUUACACAAAAUAUCCCCGCAAAUCAAUUGUAUCGGGACGUUUGUUCACGCUUGCUUUCGUCCACGCACAAAGCAUGGCUGGGCUACCAGCUUAACACGACGGUGUCUGAGCCACAACUCAGCAACACAAUCGUUUUUUCCAUAGGUCCUGGGGCGGCCCGUCAGGAGCUUCAUCGGGAUGAUUCAAUCCAUCACAACUCCCUACCGGAAUUAAAGCAUCACAACGACUAUCGAAUUGGGCGAGAUACCAGUGUUGGGCUAUUUGUUGCAGGAAAGAAGACAACCAGAGCCAACGGCGCAACGAGGUUUAUACCUGGCUCCCAUCUGUGGGGUGAGGAUAGAUGUCCGAGCGAAGAGCUUGCUUACUAUGCCGAGCUUGAGCCAGGAGACGCUUUUCUAAUGCUGGCGUCAUGUUACCACGGUGGGAGUGCAAAUACAACAAAGAACGAAGAAAGGCUAGUGUAUAGCUGUUUUAUGACCAAGGGCUUUUUGCGUCAGGAGGAGAACCAGUACUUGGCAAACACUAUCGGACAAGUACAACAGUAUUCGCCUGACAUCCAAAAGCUCAUUGGGUAUUCCGUUAGCAAGCCGUUUCUUGGAUGGGUUAACCUUGAAGACCCUAUCAAGUUGUUGCACCAUGGUUCCGAAAUUAUAGGUGAUGGGAUGCGCUGA